AUGACUUCUAAAAUCGAUAAAACGAUUGCUCGGCAAAGAGAAAAGAUCGCAGCCGGAGCCUACUACGAAGCUCACCAGCAAUUACGGGUUAUUGCUGCACGCUACAUUAAGCAAAACAAUUUCGAUGCAGCCGCAGAAAUAUUGGCCGGUGGUGCGACAGCUCUGCUGAGAGCUGGAGCACAGCAGGGUGCCUCGGCCAGUGGUGGGGAUCUAGCAAUCAUGCUGGUGGUGGAGGUCUACAACAAGGCAGAGUGGGGGAUCUCAGAGAAUGCAGAUGAUGGCGAGAGUCGCGCUCGUAAGAAGCGACUGAUCGAGCUAUUGCGCGAGUUCCCUUCGGACGAACCUACACGGAAGCGCUACAUCCAAGAAAUAAUUGGCUGGAGCGGGAAAUUCGGCCCUCUGGAACGGGGGGAUCCUGAUCUACAUCAUGCAGCAGGCUCGGUUUACGCAGAAGAUAAUGACCCGUACGACGCCGAGAAGCAUCUGAUUCUUGGUACCUCCGAGUCGGCAGAGACGCUGGCUAAGCUCGAGUAUGAGUGGUAUACGCAUGACGAUCCUCACACCGCGGCCCUCUACGCCUCCCGUGCCAUCUUUCCGUAUCUCACCACCGGUAACAUUCGCAGUGCGAACAAGGCCCUUCUCAUUUUCACCUCCCGCCUGUCCACGGCAAACCCAUCACUCGGUGUCCAAGAAGUCAGCAGCGCGAACUCGGACGUCCGGGUAUACCCGGCCCUGCCGUUGCUCAACUUCCUGAGCUUGUUGCUUCUGGCCAUCCAACGGGGUACAGCGGACCUUUUCCGCCAACUCACGACACACUAUGCGGCCCAGAUUCAGGAAAUCGGUAUUUGGGAUGAUGCUCUGGCUCAGAUUGGCGAGCAGUAUUUUGGCAUCCAGAUCCCCCGCCAAGGCAAUCCACUUCUGGAUAUGAUGGGUAGUAUGUUCUUCGGUGGGCAGGACAACGCAGGCGGCCGACGGGCGGCUCCAUCUAGCAGCGCAGCCAAAAAGGUUGAGGCGCCACCUUCAAACAUGGAGCUCGACUAG